CCCCACCCCCGGCCCGGCGGCGCGCGCUCUCUCGGGUUGCGCGCUGUUGCAGCUGCUGCUGCCGCUCGGGCGCGCGUUCUCCUCAUCCUCCUCCCUCCCCCCAUCCCCCCCAAGCUGUUGCCUCGCGCGUGCCCGCCGCCUCUUCCUCGCUGUCUCGCGCUCCCCUCGCUGCUGUUGUCUGCGGCGCGCGCUGGCCAGCUCCGCCGCCUCGCCGCGGCACCGGGCGGCCGGUAAGCCUAAAAUGCCUGUGUGAAUUCAGUGGAAUAAAUGGCGUCCAAAGUAACUGAUGCUAUAGUUUGGUACCAGAAGAAGAUUGGGGCAUAUGAUCAACAAAUAUGGGAAAAAUCAGUAGAGCAAAGAGAAAUCAAGGGUUUGAGAAACAAACCAAAAAAAACAGGACAUGUGAAACCAGACCUCAUAGAUGUUGAUCUUGUAAGAGGAUCUGCUUUUGCUAAAGCAAAACCUGAAAGUCCUUGGACGUCUCUGACCCGCAAAGGAAUCGUGAGAGUUGUUUUCUUUCCGUUCUUCUACAGGUGGUGGCUACAAGUAACAUCGAGGGUCAUCUUUUUCUGGCUGCUUGUUCUUUACCUUCUGCAAGUUGCUGCUGUGGUGUUGUUCUAUACAGCCCAAAGCCCACAUAGUAUACCUCUGACUGAAGUAAUUGGGCCAGUAUGGCUGAUGUUACUUCUUGGAACUGUUCAUUGUCAGAUUGUUUCAACACGAACUCCUAAGCCACCUCCCAGCACAGGGGGUAAAAGAAGAAGGAAAUUAAGGAAAGCAGCACAUUUGGAAGUACAUAGGGAAGGAGAUGGCUCUAGUACCACAGAUAACACACAGGAGGGAACAGUGCAGAGCUACGGUACAAGCACCUCUUGCAGUAUUGGCGCUGUCUUCAGAGAUAUCUGGCAUGCUGCUUUCUUUUUAUCAGGAUCUAAGAAAGCAAAAAACUCAAUAGAUAAAUCCACAGAGACUGAUAAUGGCUACGUGUCCCUUGAUGGGAAAAAGACCGGCAAAAGCAGUGAAGAAUGUGUGCAGAGCCAGGAGCGGCGGUGUGAAGUGAUUAAGCCGGAGGAGUCAGGGUGGAGCACGACAGCAGUGAGAGAUGUCUUCAGCAAUCACAGUCAUCACAAAGAUAUUCACAGGACUGCAACAAAUUUAUCAGAUGAAGUUUCUAGUGAGGAUGGGCCUGAAAUUGGAUAUUCCGUACGGCGCAGUGUAGAACGCACAUCUAGUGACUGCACCCUUCGAAACAGGAAAUCUCACCAUUAUAAGAAACACUAUCCUCUGGAGGAUACACCUAAAUCAGGUACUAGCUGCAGUUCUCGGUGUUCAAGCUCCAGACAAGAUUCUGAGAGUGCAAGACCUGAAUCAGAAACUGAAGAUGUGCUGUGGGAGUACCUCUUACACUGCGCAGAGUACCACUCUUCCUGUAGCAGUGAGACAGAUGUAGAAAGCCCUCAAGUGAAUCCAUGUGUGAAGAAAGAAUUGAGAGAUGACCCAUUUCACCAGAGUCACUUGCCUUGGAUCCACAGCUUGAACCCAGGACUAGAAAAAAUCAGUGCAAUUGUGUGGGAGGGUAAUGACUGCAAGAAAGCAGACAUGUCUGUGCUUGAAAUCAGUGGUAUGAUCAUGAACAGAGUGAACAGCUACAUACCAGGAAUCGGUUAUCAGAUUUUUGGAAAUGUCAUCUCCUUAAUCCUGGGUUUAAUGCCAUUUGUCUUUCGACUUUCCCAAGCUAAAGAUUUGGAACAACUGGCUGCACAUUCUGCCACUGAACUCUGCAUGACUGCAUUUGGGUCAAAUGGAGACAUUCUGGUUCUCUCCAUGGUUGUUAUCAGUUUUGUGGUCCGUGUGUCUCUGGUGUGGAUUUUCUUUUUUCUGCUCUGUGUAGCAGAGAGGACUUAUAAACAGAGGCUACUUUUUGCCAAACUUUUUGGGCAUCUAACAUCUGCCAGAAGGGCAAGAAAAUCAGAGGUUCCUCAUUUCCGUUUGAAGAAAGUACAGAAUAUCAAAAUGUGGCUUUCUCUCAGGUCUUAUCUAAAGCGUCGAGGCCCUCAGCGCUCGGUUGAUGUAAUAGUUUCAUCUGCCUUCCUACUGACUAUCUCAGUUGUGUUCAUCUGUUGCGCACAGCUGCUUCACAUGCAUGAGAUCUUCCUUGAUUGUCACUACAAUUGGGAACUCAUAAUUUGGUGCAUUUCGCUAACUCUUUUUCUCUUAAGAUUUGUUACUCUUGGAUCUGAAACCAGUAAAAAGUACAGCAAUACCUCAAUAUUACUUACUGAGCAGAUAAACUUGUACUUGAAAAUGGAGAAAAAGCCUAAUAAGAAGGAGGAACUGACACUAGUGAACAAUGUUUUAAAACUUGCUACUAAGUUAUUGAAGGAACUGGACAGUCCCUUUAGGUUAUAUGGGCUUACAAUGAAUCCACUGCUUUAUAACAUCACACAGGUUGUCAUCCUGUCAGCUGUUUCUGGUGUCAUCAGUGACUUGCUUGGAUUUAAUCUAAAGCUCUGGAAGAUCAAAUCUUGACAAUGCAUAAAGAAGAUGAGAUAACACAGUGUUACAGAAAAGCUCAUUGAUUGACAAAACUGCCUCAAAGCAGCCACUGAAUCUGUACUUCAGAUGCUACAACCUCUUCAAGGAUGUUGUUUGGAAAAUUGAAGUGUUUACAUCUGUCUUGUGCAAUCUUUUAUUUAUUUCAUCUUCUCACAGUUUUAUGUUCAUUUGAGUUGACAUUCAGAUUUUAUUUUCAAAUGUAUUUGUUUUUUCUUAGAAAAGGUCAUAUUAGGAAAAGGUCAAAAACUCUGACUGAGAACUUGGAAUCCUGGAAAUGGAUCACACUACCU